AUGGAAGCAGAUUGUGUAAUACGCUUCAAGUUUAUCACACGCCAACUCCUAAGCACCCCUCCAGACAAAGAGCCUGUCCCUGUCUUAUACCUGAUGCUAACUUCAUCUCCUAUUAUAAUUCGUGAGAGGGUACCAGGAGAAGCAGUUAGGGAUGGUAGAGUGUGGAACACCGCGCCCGGUGGUUUGGUCUCGCUUCCAAAGUAUACUGGGUCGUUUCCUUGGGCAGGUUCAGAUCCUGGAAGAAAUUUCACUGCUCUCAUCUAUUGCCAACUUGGUGGAAAUUUAACUCCAACCUCUUCCCUUUAUAAGCUUGUUCGAGCUGUUGCUAAGAGCAAGUUUGCCGCUGCUGUAAAUAGUUGUUCUCUGGACGAGCGAAAAAGCUCCCCGAGCCGUAACCGUUGGCCGCCAGGUGGUCCACCCCUUUACAUACUCCACCAACCAGGUGCCUCUCAAAGGUUCUCUCCUCAGCCUCUGGUGAAGACCGAAGCCUUGCUAAGCCUAGACGAGGAUACUACCCUAACUACUGAUGAAGUAGACUUUGCUUUCUCCGUCUGGCAACACUUUCCUGACCGAAUAGGAACAUGGGGUUAUACAUCCAAAUGGACAAAUGACUAUUCAAUAGUGCUCACAGGAGCUGCAUUUUACCACCGAUACUUUAACUACCUCUACACAGAGUGGUUGAGCCCACUCCUCCUGAAGACUGUAGAACAGUCCCACAACUGCGAAGAUAUACUCAUGAACUUCCUCGUCAGCCAUGUCACACGUCGACCUCCAAUCAAGGUGACUCAGCGGAAACAAUACAAGGAGCAGCCACCACCCACUGGAGCCCCAAGGUCACCGUGGAAUGACCCAGAUCAUUUCAUACAAAGACAGACAUGUUUAAACACAUUCGCCGCAGUCUUUGGUUAUAUGCCACUCCUCAGAAGUAACACAAGACUGGACCCAGUCCUUUUCAAGGAUCCUGUUUCGAAUCUGAGAAAGAAAUACAGACAGAUAGAAAGAGUAGGGAGCUAG